UGUAAGGCUCAGUCACAAUUUAGAACGAGAAGAAGCUAAAGUGAAAGUGUGACAAAAAUGACAAAUCAUCGUGCCUCUUCCAGAAACUUCUAAAUGGAUUAUUGUGAGGACAUCAUUUAAGCAAAGUUCUCAGUUGUCUUGAAAGCACCCUAAAUCCAGAGAAUGCCAGACUUUGAUGACAUAAUUUGCCCACAAAGGACCGUAGUGACACCUUCCUGUUAAAGUGAGCACAGCACAACAAGGUGAGUCCAAAAAUGUAUUGUCUGCUGCUGCAUAAAUGAUGUAAUAUGCCAGGCAGAUAAGUAUACUCUAGCUAAGAAAGUAAUACUAAGUGCAUUUUGUGUAGUAAGCUGUUAGUAACCCAUGUGCCUCACCCUAAUAAUUUGGUCUAUUUACCCCUCUUAAUUUUGUCUACUGUUCUGACUUAGACUAUAAUCUGUUUUAGAGAAAUGUAACCAUCAAAUUUUGUAAGAGCUUUCAUUGUCUGCUUAUAUGCCCUCUUUAUUUAUCCUAUGGUUCUGAUUUGGUGAACAGGGAGAACACUGUAAUAACGGCCUAUGUUCUGAUUUCUGUCACAGUACAUUUCAAAAGUGCUAUUCAAAUAAUUAUAUUGACUGCGUCCGUCCUAGUUCACUCAUUAAUGUCUUAAUCGAAAUUACAGAUUGCCUAUUAUUCGCUUGUCGUCCCCUUAUGCCAUAGUUUGUACAUCUCAACUGUCAUUAGAAACCACAUUUGUUUAAGCAAGUCAGCCAUAUCAGCUAUGUUUUUUUAAAAGGUAGUAAACUAGUCUGAAUUAACUGUUUCGCUGCCAGACAAGGCUGAUAGCCAGGUGUAGCAGUGGUAAGAUGUUGGGACAGCUUUAUGUAGGACCUAACAGUUUGUGUGCACCGUUUGUCACCGUUAUAGUGCAAUUAAUGUAUUGUUUAGUGGUGUGUUGUGUUGUGGCUUUGCUGGCAUGUAUCCCCCCCACCCCAAGCUUUACAUGCUAAAAUCGUCACUGUUCUGUAAUGUAGAAAAUAGUUUUAAAAAAUAAAGAAAAACUCUGUAAUGAGUAGGUGUGUCCAAACUUUUGACUGGUACUGUACCUUUGCACUGAACGCUGGUUAUGAUAUGAUUGAUAUGAUAAGAGAUAGAUGGGCAAGCCCCUCACUGCUACAUUCAACAUCCCUUUGCUUUUUUGACACGAGACAAUAAAAUGUAUAGACUAUACAAAAAAUGCCCCGGAUCAUUAAACUAUUAUGUCUUUAUUUGCUGUGAAAUGUUACGACAAAUUCCUUGUGAGUAAAGGGGGCUGAGCAUGCCCUGUUAUGGUGUGCUACACGGGGUUGCUGGGUUGCAUCAUUGCAAAUAAGUGCUAUAAAUAGGAUUACGUCACCACGACCCGCCCACCUAUUAGUAAAUGCCUUGCAAGAGCGACUCACUAUAAAAGAGGGUGAUGCAACGCUUCAUCGACAACUGUAGCUUUCUUAACAGGCAGAAGAGCCUCACAACCAGGAGCAGAAUAAAGACCUUUCAUUUCUUCACUGAAAACAUAAUCAGUUUUUCAUAAUGAUGCUUCAGCAUCCGGGAUUCAGCCUGUCCGACAUCAGCGCGUCAGCCUUGGUACCCUGCCUGUCCCCGCCUGGAACACUCACGCUCGAGGACUUCACCAACUUCACUCCCCUGGUAAAGGAGGAGUUGCGACAUGCUAUCCAGAACAAGCGGCUGUCCAACGGACUGAGCACCGAUAUGAGCGACUGUGCGAGCUCAAGUUCAGACAGAACGUCUGAAGCUCCAAGUGUCAAGAGGGAGAACAUCCCAGAGGAAAGUGACAGGAGGAAAAGAAGACGAGAAAGAAACAAAGUAGCUGCUGCCAAAUGUAGGAAUAAGAAGAAGGAGAAGACUGACUGCCUUCAAAAGGAGUCUGAGAUACUAGAGUCAGUGAACUCAGAGCUGAAGGCACAGGUUGAAGAACUGAAAAACCAGAAGCAGCAGCUGGUCUACAUGCUGAACCUCCACCGGCCCACAUGCAUCGUACGGGCCCAGAAUGGCCAGACCCCUGAAGAUGAGAGGAACCUGUUCAUCCAGCAGAUCAAGGAGGGUACCCUGCAGAUGGAACAGCUGGACCACCACCACACCUCAGUGCCAACCACCUGUGGCCAUCACUGAUCCACACACUCCUGGGGGAAGUAGGGUACUACUCACUCACUCAGACAGAUGCUCACUGUCCUCUGGCAACUGUACUGUACCUGCGUCAAGUGAAGGCUCUGUCGGGCCGGCAAAGGCGCUUUGCGCGUCCCACUCUUAAACUGGACUUGACAGCACAAGGACGGACACCCCGUGUGCUACCUAGGGUAGGCUUGUGGUGUUCCGGCAAGUCGGCGAAUGUCAAAGCACUAAAACAUAGAAAUGCAUCCAAUGUGUUUAUUGUUUCCUUAAAUCUUUUACAUUGUUAUUCGAGGCUGAUGACUCAUUCUGUUUUUUUGUACCAAAGUAUUACGUCAAUGUGGUAGAGGCACAUGAUUCACUGGUCAGUUGAGAUAGAUGCUUGUUGAGGAAAAAUACGAUUAAAGUGGAGAGAUAGUAAUGGCUGUGUACUGUGUGUGACAUUAAUAGCCCUGUUAUUACUGUCAUAUAAGAGAAGAGGUUAAUCAUUGUGUGACGUGUUUGCUGUUGUGUUUGUUGAAUAUAUUCUGUCGUAGCUGUGUCUAUAGCUCACUUUAUUCCCCCUUGACUUGCCUAACAAAAACCUCUGAAGCUGCUACUACUAACUCAGGAUAUACAGGUAUAGUUCAUAUCAGAGGAACCCUCAUGUUAUAGGACAGUAAAGGGAGUGCAUGCAAUGAGGAUUCAUUCAGACAGCAUUUCAACUAACUUACUGACAAUGGCACUGUUAGCCCUGGACCUCCCUAAAUGAAAAUCAGUCAUUACAUCGCUGUAAACUGGUGUAUUUGGAAUAGGCCCUGAUUACAUAAUGAUCUGUAGUAUUGAAGAUAUGGUUGUGUGAUUUCGUAUUAGAAUUUCUUCACCUAGAUAAGUCUGUAGUUACUGUAUACCAUAUACGUAAACCAAAUAACACCUAUUGUCUUCUGUGUAUUAUUGAGGCUUAUAAAAUAGACCCACUAGGUAUCAGUAGCUAGAUAUCUAAGUGGAAUUAUUUAUCACUCUGCUUGUCUGAAGUUUUCACUUUAAAGUCAUGGAAGAUUACAUGAAUUGCCUCAGUGUUCGUCUGCAAUUACUAAGUCCUUAAGCCCACUGCCAAACCAACCCCCCUCCCAUCAGUCCACUGUUUGUGCUGUGACAUCGUCACAGGUCAGUUGCACAACCAGAAACUCUGGUUAGCCUCAUUGCUCAAACUACACAUUUUUGCGAUCAACAGUAGCUUUUGUCUGUAUAUUCUGUAAUGUCUCAAACUAAUCCAUGUGUGGUUUAUGGUAAGGGACUGUUUAUUUUGGUUGGUUUGUGAGUAAACGGUUGCGAUGAACACAGUGAAAGAGAUUCAGGUGUCCAUGUGUUUUGUUUUUUGUUUUUAUUUCAGUGUUUCGUGUUCAAACAGGAAUGCUAGUCAUGGAUGGGGUCACUACUGAGAUCAUUAAUUUGAUGGAUAACACGCCUGUUUUAUACUUCAAUACCUUUCUUGCUUUUCUAUUCCACCAUCCAUUUCUUUGUUUCACUUGAACAUUGUUCACUAAAAAUUAUUAAGUGUGUUUGAGUGGAUGUAAAAGAUCAAAUUGUAUCAAGUCAGGUAAAACUACACGCUGAAACAAAUUAAGUACUCAUUUCUAUUGUCUGUUGAUUUUAGUUUUUGAUACUUUAUUAAUAAAGGUAUAUAUAUAUAUACUUCAA